UCCCAGCCAAGGGCCCCAGACUGGGUUGGGAGUCCUCCCUCCUCAGAAGGAGACGUGCUUUAAAGUGCUCCUGCCAAGCCCUCCUCCCUCUUGCCUUGGCAGUGUGAAGACAAGGCGCCGCCGGCCAAAAAUAUUUGUGUGGGUGGCGGAAAGUUAACUUUUCCGCCUCUCUCUUCUUUCCUGGAAACCGUGGCCACCGUCAAAUACAGCAAAACAGAAGCCAGGAGAGAGGGAGGAGAGGCCCCUGCCGGGCUUCAGAAGGAGCCCUGCCCCCACACCCCCUCUUUCUGCCUCCUGCCAUCUGGCCGUAUGGGGGUGCAUCGGAUGGGACAGAGGGGGAAGGGGGCCCUCCAAGGGCUUUGAAUCAUGCAUCCUGCAACACCAGGGCUGGCCAGACCCUCCUGCAUUGUCUGACUCAACCCCACCCUUGCUCUUUGGGGUGUAGAAGUCUGCGGGCUCGGGCUCUGCACACAUCUAGGUCUCUUGAAUUCUGCUGGCCUUUGUGAGAUUUUGAGAUUCUUUGAAACUCUAAUGGCAGAAAUCUGGCAACAGCUGAUAUAAUCUUCACAGACCAGACACAAGCUACAAAGGAGGGUUUGGAGGCCCACCACCCUGCCCAGCCCGGGAAGGCUCUGAAGCUGGAGCUCACCUCAGCCCUGUGACUCAGCCAAGGAAGGAGCGGAGACUAGAGUUCCCACGGUGGCCCAGGAACUCUGCAUCUUUGAGCAGAGGUGACACCAUGUUGGGCCCCCACCUCCCACCUCCACCCCUCGGAUCUAGUGAAGGCAGGCCUGCUCCCUGCGCCUUCGGGAUCCCUGAUGGGAGCUACAGGUGUCUGGCCCUGGAGGCUGAGGAUAGUGGUGGUGAGGAGGGCCUGCUGAGUGAGGCAGGGCUCAUGGACCGGGAGGAAGACAGGUUGGCCAGCAGGAGAGAGGAUAACUUUGCCUGCCAAGCUACCCAAGGGGCACCACAGCUGCCCAGAGCCCUGGAUGUCCAGCCACCCAGUUGCCCCAGAGAGACACAAGGGGCUCCCCAGCGUGAAGACAGGGUCAUCCAGGACUGGGACCUGGUGAAGGUCCGGCAAGUGAUGGUAGCCAGCCCCAGAUCUGACCCCGGGUCCAAGGUUGCCCAGAAACCAGCCCUGGGCCGGAGCACCAGCUUCACUGAGAAGGAUCUGAAGGAGGCCAAAGCCCGGAGUCAGCAGAUAGCCGCGCAGCUCACCACCCCUCCCAGCUCCAACUCCCGUGGUGUCCAGCUCUUCAACAGGCGCCGGCAGAGGGUAAACGAGUUCACCUUGGAGAGCCACGGCCGCAGGGGACAGAAGCUCGGCCAGGAGUCCUUCAGAGUGCCCGCUGCUCACCCGGCCAGCCAUGCCCCAGGGCUCAGCCUGAAUCCCACCUCACUCCCUGAGCCAGGCCGUCCACAGAGCCCCGACUGCCAGAGCCCUGACGUAGGGGUCCUUGGCUCCAGCAUGGAGGGGUGUUCAGAGGAGGCCGGCUUGCUGCGGCACCUGGAGAAGGUAGCCAGCGAGGAAGAAGAGGUGCCCCUGGUGGUUUACUUAAAGGAAAAUGCAGCCCUGCUGACAGCCAACGGGCUCCACCUGUCCCAGAACCGGGAGGCCCAACAGGCCCCAGCAACCCCACCUCCGGCCGAGGUCCCCAGCCCAGUUGCAGAUGUCAACCAGAACCUUUCCUCACACCAUGACACGAUCAUCACACUAGCUUCUAACAGCAGCCAUGGGCUGCCAGCCACAGAUGUCAACCAGAACCCACCAGCGGCUGUCACCCCACUUUCCAGCACCCCACAGAAUUCUUCAGGGGCACAACUCCCUCCAAAUGGCAUGAUUCCAGACUCCAAGUCCAGCACCCUGUGUGCUAGCGGGCAGCCCCAGGAGCUGGCUGCAGAGGUGAGAUCGAGCACACACCUUGUGGAUAAGGUCUCUGCUCCAUCUAAUGCCACCAGCACCUUCUCCAAAGAAGUCACACCCAUCUCCAGCUUCCGGUCCCCAGCUCCAGAUUUCAUGUCCAGUUCUCUGCUCAUUGAUGUGCAGCCCAGUGCCCCAGUGGUGUCUGCAGAACAAGAGAUAUCCGGGCGGACAGCUGCCACCACACCCAGCAAGCUGUACAGUGAGGUCCACCUCACUCUGGCCAAGCCCCAGUCAGUGGUCAACAGGACAGCCCGCCCUUUUGGGAUCCAGGCACCAGGGGGCCCCAGCCAGAUGGAGCGAAGCCCCAUGGUAGAGAGACGACAUGUGGGGACCCCAGUUCCCCAACCCUCCACUGUGGCAGAUCAGAGCCCUCGGCCACAGAGACACGUGAUGUCAUCCCACAGCCCCAUGGUGGAAAGGAGGUCGGUGGCUCAGCGAAGCCCUGCCUUGGAGAGACGCCCCUUGGGGAACUUCACCCCACCCCCGACCUAUGCUGAGACCUUGUCCACAGCACCCCCAGCUUCCCGAGUUAGGUCUCCCCCCUCUUAUUCUGCCCUGUACCCCAGCUCCGACCCCAAGCUUUCUCAUCCAAAAGGCCAGGCAGUUCCCAGCAAGACUGGCAUCUUGGAGGAGUCGAUGGCCCGCAGGGGCAGCCGGAAGUCAAUGUUCACCUUUGUGGAGAAACCCAAGGUGACCCCAAAUCCAGACCUGCUGGAUCUGGUGCAGACAGCUGAUGAGAAGCGGAGGCAGAGGGACCAGGGGGAGGCAGCUGGGGAGGAGGAGCCCUUCGCGCUGGGGGCUGAGGCCUCUAACUUCCAGCAGGAGCCUGCGCCGAGGGACAGGGCCAGCCCCGCAGCGGCCGAGGAAGUUGUCCCGGAGUGGGCCUCAUGCCUCAAGUCACCACGCAUCCAGGCCAAGCCAAAACCCAAACCCAACCAGAACCUCUCUGAGGCCUCCGGGAAGGGGGCUGAGCUCUAUGCCCGCCGCCAGUCCCGGAUGGAGAAGUAUGUCAUUGAGUCUUCUGGCCACGCUGAACUGGCCCGCUGCCCUUCACCCACUAUGUCCUUGCCUUCAUCCUGGAAAUACUCUACCAGUGCCCAAGGGGGCUUCCGAGUGGCAUCCCUAAGUCCAGCUCGGACCCCGCCUGCUUCCCUCUACCAUGGCUACCUGCCUGAGAAUGGGGUCUUGCGCCCAGAGCCCACCAAGCAGCCACCCUACCAGCUGCGGUCCUCGCUCUUUGUCCUGUCCCCACUCAAGGAGCCUGCCAAGGCCUCACCAAGAAUGACCUCGUCCAGAGCCACCUCCCCAGCCAAGCCGAGCUCCCUGGACCUGGCGCCCAGCCUGCCCAAGUCAGCCCUCCCUCCGUCUCCAGCCCUGCCUCGGCCUUCCCGCUCCUCGCCCAGUCUCUACACCCUGCCCAGCCAGGACAGCCUGCAGCCAACCACCGUGAGCCCCACCUAUAGCAGCGAUAUCUCCCCAGUGUCUCCCUCCAGGGCGUGGUCUCCCCGAGCCAAGCAGGCCCCCAGGCCUUCCUUCUCCACCCGGAAUGCGGGGAUCGAGGCUCAGGACCGCCGGGAGAGCCUCCCCACCUCCCCGCCCUGGACGCCGGGCGCCUCGCGGCCCCCCAGCAGCCUAGACGGCUGGGUGAGCCCGGGGCCCUGGGAGACGGGCCGCGGGAGCAGCCUGAGCAGCCCCCCGCCGCUGCCGCCGCGGCCCCGGUCCCCCUCGUGGAGCGAGCGCUCGGUCUCCCCGCUGCGCCCCGAGCCCGAGGCGCGCCCCACCAGCCGCCAGCUGCAGGCGCUGCUGGCGCGGAACAUCAUCAACGCGGCCCGGCGCAAGAGCGCCUCCCCGCGGCCGGCGGGCGCCGAGAGCCGGCGGCCCUUCUCCCCGCCGCGGGGGCCCCCGCCCGCGCCCCCGCCCGCGCCCGCGCCCGCCCGGCCCAGCCCGCCCGCCGCCCCGCGCGCCACGUUCGCCCCGAUCCCGCCCCGGCCCUUCCCCUGCCGCCGCUCGCCCACGGACUCCGACGUGUCCCUCGACUCCGAGGACUCCGGGGCCAAGUCGCCCGGCAUCCUCGGCUACAACAUCUGCCCGCGCGGCUGGAACGGCAGCCUGAGGCUCAAGCGCGGCAGCCUCCCCGCCGAGGCCUCCUGCACCUCCUAAAUCCGGCGCCGCCCCACUCCCACCUACCCUCGCCGACCCGGCCGGAGGAGGGUCCCUGGGCUUGGGAGAUGGUAGCAUCCGGUCCCAAGAGGGCUGGCUUCUUUGGACAGCCCCAGGCACCAGGGAAGAGCGCUGUGGGCAGUGGUCCGAGCUUGGGGUCUUGCCCCGCUCUGUCAUCCAGCUGUUUGACUCUGGGAAAAACCCUUCCUCUGUCUGACCUUCAGCUUUUCCAUCUGUUUAAUGGGACUUUGGCCAAGACAAUCUCCAAACAUCUAAAUUCCUCCUCCCGUGACCAUGAGUGUGUGCGCGCGCGCCUUGGAAAAGGCAGGCAUUAUGUAUCUGCACCCCUAGACUUGCUGCAUUCCAGGGUUCCACCCUCCCUUCCCUCCAGGCUCUGCUCUCUGGAGUCUGGCAAAGGAGGGGUGUAUUCAGAAAUCCCAGUCCUAAGUCCCCUGUCCAGGUCCUGGCUUGACCAUCCGCCUCCCUGGCACUAAGUCCUGGGCAGGAGCAGUUGUUUUCCAUCCCUUCCCAAACAAGAUCUAUUUUUACCACAGUGACCUUUAGAGAGGUCUCCCAGUCCAGCCCAAGGUGCCCCGCUGGCCCCUCCAGAGAGAAGAAGCCGAAGAAUCCUUCCAGAGCCCUCUUGUGCUUUUGUCCACCCCAUCUCAGACCAUCCAAGACAUCUCAUCUACAGCCAGAGAAGAGAGCUGCGAGGCAAGAGCUUCCCCCAGGCCCAGCACUUGGGCCUCCAGGGAAGCUCUAGGUGCGUUCAACCCAAUCUGCUCCUCUGGGCCCUUUCCUGCCUCUAGCGUCCUGUAGAAUUCAUCUCUGGCCCUUUCAAAGCUGAGCUGAGGAGAAAAGAGUUGAUGUGGAGCUAUCCUGUGGCUUUACCCGAUGACCCUGAGUUUGAAGUCGUCCAUUUGGAAGGAGGAAGGCAAAGUGUUCCAUGUUAUGGGUAGUGUGCAGAUAGUGGCCAGGAUGCAUAGAGAAGAUUCUGGUAGGGAGGCAUUGGCUUAGAUGACAUCUGAGGGCUCUUCCAGUCCUGAAAUGGAUUUCAUGGCAUUAGGAAAGGAGGGAGGUCACAGUGAAGGGUUGGCUGGGCAAAUGAGCUUGAGCAGGUGACAGAAGGGUCUGCCUUUGAUUCUGGUUCCUUUGGAGCUACCCCAUUCUUUAGUUUCAGAUCCCAGCCGACGUCCAUGUCAGCCCAGAUGAGAGGACUGUGUCCUGUCCUAUCUCUCUACCCACACACUCUGGCCUAGCUUGUGCCUGGUGCCCAGUGAUCUUGGGAGUCUAACUGCAACCCUGACCUGCCCCUUAAAACUUGGGGACUCUGAUUCCAACUCUAGGACAGACAUGGGGAGGAAUGUAGCUGAGUUCUAUAGUGUCCAAAGGUGACUGGUGCUACCUUCUAGAGGUUCAGAGUAUCAGCUUUAGGAUACUGGCUGGAGGGGCCUGAAAUUGCCCGAGGAUCAAAGAUUUGUAGGAAAAAGCAUAGCAGGAUGUUGCUAAAGGUGAGGGACAGAGUGUGAUUUGGAGUUAGAGAUAGAUUUCCCCAUACGUAGGGUGAUGUUAGACCUGGAACACCACGUGAGGCUGGGGAAAGCUGAGACCAGGAUGGGGGAGAGUCAAGGGGUGCUUUGGAACAAAAUAUACUAAGGACUGGGGGCACAGGCUCUUUAGUGGCAAGAUAAGAGGGCGCUGCUCCUCAGUGACUGCAUUCACCCAAGGUCCCACCUGCUUCUGUCCCUUCUAGCUGAGGAGACUAGAGCUAAGGGGCUUCUUUCAGAGAAGACCUGCUGUCUGGCCUCUGCCUGAUGCUGUGGCCUUAGAAAAUCCACUUCUACCUGCAUGUCCCCUCUGGAGCUAGCAGGAGGCAGCCUUGGGCAGCUGCAGUUCUAGCUGGCUAGUCUUUCCCUGUCACACUGCCUUCUCCCUCCCCACAGCCCCAGCCCCUUCCCUAGCUCAUGAAGCUUGCUUGUGUCCUGUCUCUAGCCUCCUGUAGAAUUCAGCUCUGGCCCUCAAUAAAUGCUUCUUGCGUCCUUCUGCCUCCCUGUGUGAUUUUCAGCUGUAUGUAAAUCCCUCCUCUUUUCCCAAUCAUGGGACAGUCCGUGGAAUUGAAGUGAAUAUGCAUGUUUUGAGAUACGGGAGAUAGGGGCCUGGGAAGCACCAACCUGUGAGGGGAGAUGGGGAGCCCCAGAAAACUCAGGACUGAAGAAGUUCCUGAGUUGGAGUUCCAGUCUUGUCAUCCCCUGACUGGGUGACCUGGGAAAGCCACUCCUCCAGGCCUCAGCUCUCCUACCAGGGUCACCAGUGGGC